GGCGGGUUAGUUGUUGUCGGGGCGCCAAAGCGAACUGGAGCAGCGGACGCAGAACGCUGAAGCGAAGAGCUCCCAGUUAGCAGCCAUAAGCUACCAGCCACCAGCUACCAGCCGCUGCAGAAGCGCAACAAAAUUGGAAACUGAAGCGCCGAGUGAGAGCCGGAGAAAGGGGUCUCGGAGCGGCAGAAGCACAGAGCUGAGAGAGCGAGAGCCGAGCCACGACUCUGAGCCACGACUCCGGCAGUAUUUGGCUGCGGCCCGCACAGAAUUAUCUUCUCAGUGCCAAGUUGUCGCGCUGCGAGUAACGUUACGUAUACGCACCGUCCGCCGUCCAUUGCCCGAGCGCCACCGCCACCGCCGUCGCCGCCCCGCGCUCCUUGCCACGCCCCCUGUGCAGUAGCUUCUUCUUCGUCCUGGGAUUGGAAAGAGUGCGCGUUUGGGCGACAGGACUGCCGCCGGCUGUCGCAGCACAGCAAGGAUAGCGCGGCAAGUGAACGAGCGACGAGAGCGCGGAUUGGGUUCCACUUUUGCAUAAUGCCGAUGCGAAAUCGAGAACACGGGCGCACAAGUGUAGUGGCUGGCGUUUAGCUGGCGCGUAAAUACUGUUUGUUUGCAAAGCAAGACGCCCCGCGGAAGUCCACCCCUCGGAACUCGCGCCCCCCCUCGUGCACCGCCGCCCCUGCGCCCCACGGGCCAGUCCCAGCGCCAGUGCCAGCGCCAGCGCGUGUUAUCAGCAAACGAAAACGCAAACGAAUCGCGACAAAAACACAGAACCCGCAAAACACGAGAAUAAAUAGAGCCAGAACAGAAGGAAAUGCGAGUGUGGAUGCAUCUGAGCGCCGUGCUAAGUGUGCUAAGGUCCCCACAGUCAAACGGAAAGAUCAACGUUUAGCCGGGCAGUGGACGCACUUGAGGGCUCCGGCGGAAAACAAAGGACAGCAGGAGAGGCGCAGACGUGCAUGAAGAGGCACCGGGAGACGAGCCUGGCCCCCGUUUCCCGCACCCCACCAGCCCUCCAGCUCUCGGGAGCAACAAGUUGGUUGGGAAAAUCCCCGGAUUCGGUGACUCCGGACUCGUAAGUGGGCGAGCGUACGUGACUUAAUCAGAAAACGCGGCAGGAGGCUCAACCCGCCUGGAAGGCUAUCUGGCUAUCUCCCGGCUAACAAGAAGGAGAAGGAGAGGAGGAGGAGGAGGUGUCGCCGACCAUUUUCCCCGCAAUGAUUCUGUGCACGGGACACUGAGCAGCAGCAACAUGACAGAUGUGUCAGCGCCAACUGGCGGCGCCACUUCUCCGGUCGACAUAACCGCCAGUCCGGGCUCCACCGCACUUCCCCCAGUUGCCACCACGUCGGCAGCUGCGUCCGCAUCCUCGUCCCAGGCCAAACCGCUGACCAAUGGCGCCAAGAAGGCGGCCACAGCAGCAGCAGCAGCAGGAGCGGAGGAGGGCGGCGCGUCCGCCAGUAACCAGGUCAAGCAGGAACAGCGCAGACAGAGCAACAACAACCGCCCUGCGGCGAGUGGCACCCCAGAAGCCAAGCAGGCGACACCUGCCGGCAAUCCCGACCCGGGCGCCGGCUCGACAUCGAAGUCCUCAAGCAUCCACACCCAGACCAGUCAGCAGGAGAGGGCUGGUAGGCCGACCUCCUCGGCUUCCCAGCAUGACGUCGACGAGGUGGCCCGGCUCUUCGAGGAGAAGCCCGAGGCCUUCGAGAAGUGGCUGACAGAACGGGCUCCGCCGGAGGCCCUGGGCCGGCUGCAGGAGUUCAUCGAGAGUCGGAAGCCGCUGAAGCGACCCUCGGUCACCUCCGAUCUCUUCCAGCAGUGGAUGGCUGCCUCGCCCACCGUGCAGCAGAAGUCGCCCAGGAGCCUCUCCAACUCGUCGGCAUCUUCGAUUCCCGAGAGUCGCCGGCAUCUGAUGGACCUGGACGAGGGCGAGCUGUUCAUGGAACUGAUUCGCGACGUGGCCAACGAGCUGGACAUCGACGUGCUCUGCCACAAAAUCCUGGUCAACGUCGGCCUGCUCACCCACGCGGACCGGGGCUCCCUCUUCCUGGCCAAGGGCGCGCCCAACAACAAGUAUCUGGUGGCCAAGCUGUUCGAUGUAACCCAGAAGACAGCUCUCAAGGACGCCGUGACGCGGGCCAGCACCGAGGAGAUAAUCAUCCCCUUCGGCAUCGGCAUCGCCGGCAUGGUGGCGCAGACAAAGCAGAUGAUUAACAUCAAGGAGGCCUACAAGGACGCGCGCUUCAACUGCGAAAUCGAUCUGAAAACGGGCUACAAGACGAACGCCAUCCUCUGCAUGCCGAUUUGCAACUACGAGGGCGACAUCAUAGGCGUGGCCCAAAUCAUCAACAAAACGAACGGUUGCAUGGAGUUCGAUGAGCACGACGUGGAGAUAUUCCGCCGCUACCUGACCUUCUGCGGAAUAGGCAUCCAGAACGCCCAGCUCUUCGAGAUGUCCGUCCAGGAGUACCGCCGCAACCAGAUCCUGCUCAACCUGGCGAGGAGUAUCUUCGAGGAGCAGAACAACCUGGAGUGCCUCGUCACGAAGAUCAUGACCGAGGCCCGGGAGCUGCUCAAGUGUGAGCGCUGCUCCGUCUUCCUGGUGGACCUGGACUGCUGCGAGGCGAGCCACUUGGAGAAGAUAAUUGAGAAGCCCAACCAGCCGGCCACCCGCGCCAUAAAGUCCGCCGACAGCUUCGAGGAGAAGAAAAUGCGCAACCGCUUCACGGUGCUCUUCGAGCUGGGCGGCGAAUACCAGGCCGCCAAUGUUUCCAGACCCUCCACCAGCGAACUGAGCACCUCCACGCUGGCCCAGAUCGCCCAGUUCGUGGCCACCACCGGGCAGACGGUCAACAUCUGCGACGUCCACGAGUGGGUGAGGGAGCACAACCAGAUCCGCGCGGAGAGCGAGAUCGACAGCACCCAGGCCAUCCUCUGCAUGCCCAUUGUCAACGCCAAGAAGACCGUGAUUGGCGUGGCCCAGCUCAUCAACAAGGCCAACGGCGUCCCCUUCACCGAGUCGGAUGCCUCGAUCUUUGAGGCCUUCGCCAUCUUCUGCGGGCUGGGCAUCCACAACACCCAGAUGUACGAGAACGCCUGCAAGCUGAUGGCCAAGCAGAAGGUGGCCCUCGAGUGCCUCAGCUACCACGCCACCGCCAGCCAGGACCAGACGGAGAAGCUCACCCAGGACGCGAUCGCGGAUGCAGACACCUACAACCUCUACAGCUUCACCUUCACAGACUUCGAGCUGGUCGAUGAUGACACCUGCCGGGCUGUUCUCCGGAUGUUCAUGCAGUGCAACCUGGUCUCGCAGUUCCAGAUACCCUAUGAUGUACUUUGCCGCUGGGUGUUGAGUGUGCGGAAGAACUACAGACCCGUCAAGUACCACAACUGGCGGCACGCCCUGAACGUGGCCCAGACCAUGUUCGCGAUGCUCAAAACUGGAAAGAUGGAGCGCUUCAUGACUGACCUGGAGAUCCUGGGCCUGCUGGUGGCCUGCUUGUGCCACGACCUGGACCACCGCGGCACCAACAACGCGUUCCAAACCAAAACCGAGUCUCCGCUGGCCAUUCUGUACACCACCAGUACCAUGGAGCACCACCACUUCGACCAGUGCGUGAUGAUUCUCAACUCGGAGGGCAAUAACAUAUUCCAGGCCCUGUCCCCCGAGGACUACCGCUCCGUGAUGAAGACCGUGGAGAGCGCCAUUCUGUCCACCGACCUGGCCAUGUACUUCAAGAAGCGCAACGCCUUCCUGGAGCUGGUGGAGAACGGGGAGUUCGACUGGCAGGGCGAGGAGAAGAAGGACUUACUCUGUGGCAUGAUGAUGACGGCCUGCGAUGUCAGCGCCAUCGCCAAGCCCUGGGAGGUGCAGCACAAGGUGGCAAAGCUGGUGGCCGACGAGUUCUUCGACCAGGGCGAUCUCGAGAAGCUGCAACUGAACACGCAGCCAGUGGCCAUGAUGGACAGGGAGCGCAAGGACGAACUCCCCAAGAUGCAGGUGGGAUUCAUCGACGUGAUCUGCCUGCCCCUGUACCGAGUCCUGUGCGACACCUUCCCCUGGAUCACGCCCCUGUACGAGGGCACCCUGGAGAACCGCCGCAACUGGCAGGACCUGGCCGAGAAGGUCGAGAUGGGGCUCACCUGGAUCGACCACGACACGAUUGACAAGCCGGUGGAGGAGUUCGCGGCCUGCGCCGACGAGGAGAUUAAGGACAUUGAGUUCACAGUCACCACCCUGAACUGCAACCAGUCCCAGCAGUCGCAGCACGGCAGCGAGGACAGCCACACGCCGGAGCACCAGCGCAGCGGCUCCCGGCUCAGCAUGAAGAAGACCGGAGCCCUGGGAAAGGCGGUCAGAUCGAAGCUGUCGAAGACCCUCUACAACAGCAUGGACGGGUCGAAGCCGAAGACGUCGCUGAAGCUGCUGGAGUCACACGUCAGCGAGGACAUGGACGACAAGAGCCCCACGAGCCCUUCGCAGCCUCAAGCUGCAGGCAGCAUGGGCCGCAUGUCCGCCUCCUCCUCGACCUCCUCCGCCGGCGGCCAGGGCCAGUGCCAGGUGGCGGCGCCAGGACAAGCCCAGGACAAGUCCAAGAAGCGCUCCAAGCUGUGCGCCCUGUUAUGACGAAAGCCGUCCAAUUAGAACAUGGCAACUCCCUCCAGCACGACCCCGGGCAGUGAGACUGACCCGAAGAGUGCCGGAGGGGGGCUGACCGAGUUCUAAUUGGAUUUCGCCGUCGAUUUGGGAGUAAUUAAGUUACGUAAUGGGAAUCUUGUGGCUCUACUUGCCGACUCUGAGGCCGACACCCAAUACUCUGUUUUCCGCAUGGCACCCCAUUGGAAGGGCAUCCCGACAAGGGCGCAUACUAUAACUAUCCUAGACACUGGAGGACGGAUUUUGCCGUCGGAGAAACACAGUUGCAAUAUUAAGCAUUAAGUGAAUGUCAAAACAUGUGAUCUAUUUAAGGUCGGAAGCGCCGGAGAUGGGCCUCGAUGGCCCCUUCUGUCGGAUACUAUCCUUUUAUCUAACGUCUGUCUAUCGCUUCUAGGCUACUGGACACCGCGGUUCUGUAGCGAAACUAAUUAGACCUACUACUAGCUGAAGGCGUAGAGAACCCAACCAAAUCGUGCUAGUCAGAGCGUAUAAAAUACUACGAACACUAUUUGAAGCACCUACUAACGUAAGAGGCUACGUCCCGGGCGAGGGACAGCCUAGUCCCCGCCUGCGAUCGGCUUGAAUCUACUUUACAUAGCUAAUUGGUAUUUGUGAGCGACUUGUAUUUACUUAGCAACUUCGAGUAUAGCAAUAUUACAUGAUAUUCCCGCGACCAGCGAGUCGCGGACGAAUGAUAACAUUUCGAACCACUGUUUAACUGUAUAGAUAAAUACUAGCUUAUAUAAAGACGGCAGUCAAUUUUUGAACUCGAUCACGAACAUACGAUACGCGCACACUCUGUUGAUAUGAAUAACCCAGUCCGGUCCCCACUCUUUCAGAUCGCCGCAAGGAGUUUACUUUAUCAGUGUGUACAGAGCAGUUUAUACACCUUAGAGAAUAGACAUUAACUGAAUAUACGAAUACUAUAUACCGUUGAAACUACAGAUAGAAUUGCAAAGAAUAACUCAUAUUUUUAGUCACUUUCUGCGUGUGCUAAUCAAAAUUUGGCUGAUUAGGGCCAACUAAAAUUGUAGUUAUCGGAACCCACUAUCAGAACCCCGGUCAGUUCCCGGGUCACUCUCAAGAAAAUCAAAUAACGUUCCCUGUCUCUGAUUAUUUGCCUAACAAUUAUUGUGCAUACCUCUGGUCGUUUUGUUGAUUGUUUCUGUUGCCCACGACGAUUAAAAGUUGUUCACAUCAGUUUAACUAUUUAAGACUUGCAAUUGAAUCAAAAUAAAUCACACCAUUGAGAACUACUCAAA